AUGGAAGUGAUUAAUUUCCGGAAUGGCAAACUCGACUUCGAUGGUGUCGAACCAGACUUAGGAAUGCACUUGCUAAACCUGCAUUGGAACAGGCAACAUCACUCGUUCUUGAUAACCUAUCGACCAGCUUUCAUGAGAGACAUGGCUUGCAAUGGCCCUUACUUCUCCAAGAUCUUGUUGAACGCGAUAUUCUAUGGAUCCUCGAAGUUCAGCACCCGCUUGGAGCUACGCAAGGACCCCAAUGACGUCCGGACGGCGGGCUGGAAGUUUCGACAAAGAGUUAGAGAGCUGCUAGGCAACGCUCUAGAUGGAAGUGAAAUCACCACCAUUCAAGCUCUGCUCGUGAUGGCGAACUCAUUAUUUGCCCUGGGAGACGAAAGAAGCGCGGCAUGGCUGUACUCAGGAUUAGCAUUUCGCAUGAUCAUCGACCUGGGAAUGCAUGCAGAGGCAGCCACAUUGUCUAGUGUGCGCAGUUUGUCUCAUGAAGACCAUGAAAUCCGACGACGCGUCUUCUGGGGUGCAUUUGUCGUAGACAAAAUCAUGAGUCUUUACCAAGGUCGACCUGUCAGUCUGCAGGAAGCCGAUACUAGUGUUCCAAUUUCCUUCCUCGAUAAAUUCGAGGAGAAUGAGGACUGGAAACCUUUCGCAUACGGCUCCGACAGUUAUCCCAAUCACAACGGGGGGCCCGCAUACAGCGUCUCCACUUUCACAGCUCUUUGCGAACUGUCCAAGAUUAUGAAUCAGAUUCUCAACAGUAUCUAUGCCGAGCGUAUAUUCGAUCGGAGUUCCAGAGACCUCUCACAGAUGCUUGAUGAUCUUCACUCGAGGAUGGAGAACUGGAACCAUUCACUUGCACCACAUCUCCAGUUUGAUCCAUUAAUGCCGCGGUCUGUGAUGCCUCCACCCCAUGUCUUAUCGUUGGCAGCAAUGUACAACGUCUUAUUGAUCCUGCUCCAUCGGCCAUUCGUAGCUGAUGGCCAUCUUUACAACACUGCGCGUUCAAUAUCUGUCAACUCUCUGCUCACAUGUGCCACUGCUGCCACUCAAAUUGUGCGUUUGCUGAGAGUGUAUGAUACGGUGUACUCAGUCAGAAGAGCACCUUACCUGAUAUCUUACGCCACGUACGUGAGCGCCACCAUUCAUGUACGGAUUGCAUCAAAAAGAAGCUCAUCAUCUGAUGCACACAGAAGUUUGAGCACCUGCAUAGGUGUCUUGGCCAUUAACCAAGAAACAAAUUGGGCCGCGAGAAGGGCAAAGACGAUUGUUGAAGGUCUUAUGAAACGACUCGGCGUUCAAAUCUCCAGCGUUGCAGAAGAUGCACAUGAUCACGGCCUUGGAGCAGAACAGCGUGGGCAGCGUCCCAUAUCAGAGGAUCUUGCUUCAGGAGACACUGUCAUCAACGAAAGUUUGAAGCCUGAUGGGUUCUCGCCUGGCCUCGACAUAGAUGCAGUAAUACAGAGCUUCGUCCCUGCCAACGAAAGUAGCUCUGAUAUGCCUUUCCCUUCUCACAUGACUCAUCAACUCGUUCCAGCUGAUGCCAAUCGCCAAGUCGGCUUCGCAGACCAGAACGCAAAUGAGGUCGUAAAUGCCGUCUUUGAAGAGAACCAAACGCAAGGGAACAAUGGAUGGUAUGACCAGUUUGUGCCGCAAGCUUUUCCAUUUGAUGAUCUGUUGUUUGGCUUCAACGGAUCGAUGCUGGAUGACAUUUCCAUGCCGACAUAUCCGUAG